CGGAGACAUUUCCUGCUCGCUGCUUCUCCUAGCUUCAUUUGUACAUAGCUAGCUAGACUAGAUAGACAGAUACAUACAUAGUACUACUACUACAUGGAGGUUUAUACGAUCGAUCGAAAAUCAGUGGAUGCAUCGGCGGCGCAGGUGGACGUCCCCUCCUACUUCCUGUGCCCGAUCUCCAUGGAGAUCAUGCGGGACCCCGUCACGCUCUCCUCCGGGAUCACCUACGACCGGGAGAGCAUCGAGCGCUGGGUCUUCACCGACGGCCACGGCGAGUGCCCCAUGACCAAGCAGCAGCUCGGCGCCGCCGACCGGGAGCCCACGCCCAACCACACGCUCCGCCGCCUCAUCCAGGGCUGGUGCGCCGUGCACGCCGUCGAGCGCUUCCCCACCCCGCGUGCGCCCGUCGACGCCGCCCGUGUGGCUUCCAUCGUCGACGCGGCCAGGCGGGGCCACGACCUGCUGGCGGCGUCCCUCAAGGAGCUCGCGGACAUCGUCGCCGAGAGCGACUGCAACCGCCGCUGCGUCGAGGCCGCGCCCGGCGCCGUCGGCUUCCUCGUGUCCGUCCUCAAAAAGCACGCCGUGGAGGGCGCCCCCAUCAAGACUUCAUUAGGGUCCCAGUCCCAGGAGGAUCAGAUGUACGGCUCCGUGCUGGCUUCGCCGAAGGCGAGCUCGCCGGAGGACACGGCCCUCAGCAUCCUGCAUUCGCUUAGGCUCUCCGAGGAGAGCUGGAAGAGAAUCCUGGAGCGCGGCGACAACUUCCUCGACACUAUGGCGUCCGUGCUGCGGCGGCCGAGCCACCUCUCGCGCACCUACGGCAUCCAGCUCCUCAAGGCGGCCGUCUCCGAGAUGCCGCCGGCGCAGCUCACCUCGGCCAGCGCCGAGCUGGUGGAAGGGGUGGUGUCGGUCGUGACGGACAAUCUGUCGGUGAAGGCGGUCAAGAUCGCGCUCCACGUGCUCUGCCGGCUAUGCCUGUGGGGCCGCAACCGCGUCAAGGCCGUCGAGGCCGGCGCGGUGGCGGCGCUCGUGGACCUGCUCCUCAACGAGUGCUGCGGCGGAAGCAAGCAGGCGUGCGAGCUCGCGAUCGUCGUGCUGGACCAUCUAUGCGGCUGCGCCGAAGGCCGUCUGGAGCUCGUGGCGCACCCGGCGGGGCUGGCGGUGGUGGCGAGGGCGGUAACGCGGCUGUCCGCCGCGGGGACAGAGAGCGCGGUGCGCGCUCUGCACGCUGUGGCGAGGCACUCGGCGACGCCGGCGGUGCUGCAGGAGAUGCUGGCGGUCGGGGUGGUCGGAAGGCUGCUGUUCCUGGUGCAGGCCGGAGCCGCCGGUGACAGCCCCAGGGAGAGGGCGAGGGAGAUGCUCAAGAUGCACGCAAGGGUCUGGAGGGGAUCGCCGUGCUUCUCGUCGCACUUGAAUGCUUCCUACCCUUCGUGAUAUCACAUGCACGCAAGUAUAUUCUUCUUCGCCUUAUCACGGGAUCGAUCCUGCAUGGCAGUUUGGUAGACGUGGUCUAGUUUAAGGCUUUCUAAUUGGCCAUUUUUGGUGUGAAGAUUGUAUUGAUUGUUCCAACUUACAACCAGCCGGGAAGGUUGAUAUACACCUAGUAGCUCUCUAAAAUUGGGGAGGAUUCAAGUGUACAUUAGAAUUGGAAAAUAAUACUGGGGAUAAUUCAAGUGUA